AUGGAGGAUAGUGAUACCAGUAUUCGUGGCUCUUUCAACUUUAUGAAGCAAGCCGAGCUGUAUGACAACGUAAAACCGUACAGCAUCGACAACGAGAUCAAGAGAUGGGUCGGUCACGUACCGCGCAGCAAUUAUCAAAACUCAGCAGUUGAGAACGUACUUGUCAAGGAUCUGAGGGGACGCGAAGCUGAGUUCACAUUCGAAAAAAAUGGCUUUGCGAUCAUCGAAAUGGAAAGCGCCAUGACCUAUGAGGAUUUCGAUGACCCGGAGAAGUUCAGUGGUAUUUACCUUCAAGAAGUUGCUGCAUGUUUGAUUCAGUACUUUGAUGCUCGAUCUGUCCAUAUCUUUAAUACCGUGCGUCGUCGGCGCCAUCCCGACUUCCCAAAUGUUGCGGUAAUUCGUCCUGGAGCAGCGACACAGCCGGCAGCACGGGUUCACAUAGAUUCUACCCGGCAAUCAUUGGACCAGCUCGUGAGAGAGCUUCAGGACGACAAGCUUAAUAUUAACGGUCGUCACUACAUUUACCUGAAUGUUUGGAAACCCCUGACUGGGCCUGUUCAUGACUGGCCUCUAGCAUUUUGCGACGCAAGAACUAUUCAAUCAAAGGACCUAGAGCCUCAUGAUCAAGUUUUUCACGAUGUCGUUCGUGAAAAUGUAAUGGUCUAUCACAACCCAAAACAGGAAUGGUACUACCUUAGCGGACAAAUGCCAUCAGAAUUACUUUUAUUCAGGCAGGCAGACUCGCAAAACAAUCCAGGGGUUGCCCACACAGCCUUCGAGAUCCCCUCGCCACCGCUCCAUCCGGUUAUAACGCGAGAGAGCAUUGAAGUACGUGUUAUUGUCUUCCUCGACUAA